UAUCUUAAUUUGAAUGAGUCCUUGACUUAUGAACUACUUAUAUCUGUGUUGUUUAAUGAUGAUCAUUGUUAUAAUUAUUUAGUAACAGUUAAUACAAGUUGGGUUUGUUGAGUCAAUGUUAAAAAUUCAAAUUUCAUCAUUUAAGCAAAAUGUCUAAUAAGUUUAUAUCUAUCAAAGAUUUUGAAAACUAUGCUGUUGGUGCAUUGCCACGAUCUGUUCUGGGUUAUUAUCAGAGUGGGGCGUGUGAUGAGUUCACACUUUCAAUUAAUAAUAAGGCAUUUAAUAAAUUGCGCAUAGUGCCACGGAUGUUACGUGAUGUUCGAAAUAGGGAUUUGAGUAUCACUGUUCAAGGUGAUAGGGUAAAUGUACCUAUAGGUAUAUCUCCUUGUGCUAUGCACAAAAUGGCUCAUGAAGAUGGAGAGUGUGCAUCUGCUAGAGCUGCUGGAAAGCAUGGUGCAAUUUUUAUUCUUUCGACGUUGUCUACGUGUAGUUUGGAAGAAGUUGCCGCAGCGGCACCUAACACAGUGAAAUGGUUCCAACUCUACAUUUAUAAAGAUAGGGAUUUAACUACAUCAUUAAUACGGAGAGCAGAAAAAGCUGGUUAUAAAGCGCUUGUGUUGACUGUUGAUGCUCCAGUAUUUGGAAUUCGCUAUAAAGACAUAAAAAAUAACUUUAGUUUACCAAGUUGGUUGAAAUUAGGGAAUUUCACUAAAGAACAAUCAGAAAUAAACCAAACUAAUGGUUCAGGUCUUACGAAAUAUGUAAUGAGUCUUUUUGAUGAUCGUUUGGUAUGGGAUGACAUUAAAUGGUUGAAAAGGUUAUUAUAUAAUUAUUUUUAAAUGACAUUUAAUACUGAAGAAAAUAAAAAAAAAAGUGAGCAAAUGGGUACUGAGAGACAGCAGAGGCUGUACAUUAAGUAUUUAGGUGUUGUGGAAUCACGAAUCACUAUUAUGAUUGGGUUAAAUUUGAAUUCAGCAAUAUAUCUUAGAAUAUGAAAAGGAUUUUCACUGGAGACCAUUUGUUAGUCUGUACUAUUAA